AUGAAAAUCGAUGAGGGAACAAUGGCGCGAUAUGUCGGUCUUAUUAGUGAGUCGUUUAUUAUCCUUCUUCUAGUGGUCCAUCUGGAGCAGCUGGUCCUGCACAAUAGAGCGCCCGUUGUCGAGGGAGUAAUAGAGGAUCGAUUUGAGAAAUGCUGCGGUUUAGGCACUUCUUGGGCCGGAGAGGGUCUAAGAUGUGAAAGAUUUAUUGGACCCGUGCCGGGAGUGCCGGCAGUGGAACAAGGUCCUUGCCAGAGGACCGUGGACAUCUGUUGCGUCCGGAAGUAUCACGAUUUACAAUGCGAAAAGGGAAAAACGGACGCACGCCAAGGGAUGCCUUGCGUGUCGAACGUGACGAGCACGAGGAGAACGAAGAUAACCAGCCGCAGCGAUUAUCAUCGCGAUUGUUGCGAAGGCUGUAAACUAGGUAUCUACGCGGCAUCAACGGGUCAAGGAUGCAGUUUCAAGAGCUUUUCGUUCGGCAUCCCCUGGGAUCCCGCGUUCCUCGAGUGCUGUCAUGAAAAUCUGCCGAGCACCACGACAGAUCUCACGAGCCCAUCAACCACCGAUACCGAUUCCUCGUCGUUGUCAUCGUCACUGUACUCGUCGUCGCAGUCAUCGCCGAUAUCCUCACCAUUAUCCUCUUUGUCGACAUUGCCUUCCUCCUCGUCGUCGGAUUACUCGUCUUCUACGUCUUCUUCUUCGGAAUCUACACCGUACUCGAUACCAACUCCAGAGUUGGACGAUAUCUGUCAACUCAUGAAAGGCAUGCUCUGCUCUGACAUUUGCGUGCCGACACCGGGCUCGUAUUAUUGCAAGUGUCACGAUGGCUUCACUUUAUUGGAGGACGGCAAGACCUGCAGUCAGGAUCCGACUGACAGAUGCAAGUCGACUCACCCGUGCGAGCAGAUCUGUACCGACAACGGUGAGUCCGUCAUAUGCAGUUGUAAUCCCGGAUACGACUUGGCCGACGACGGACGCUCGUGCAUGCCAAAGACCACCAAGAACAAGAAGUCGACAGACGCCGCGGACAAGGAUACCGCGCCGUCACCGUUGUGUCCGUUGGGCUAUCGUUACAACGAAACUAAGCAGGUGUGCGAUGACGUGGAUGAGUGUCUGGAGUGGAGCAUGUGUCCUGGGAGAUGUCAGAAUACUAUAGGAUCGUACAUCUGCAUCACGAUGAAGUCAAUCAAGGACGCGCCCUACGAAGUUUGCCCUCCCGGUUACCAGUGGGAGUCACGCGCGGGUGUGUGUACAGAUAUCGAUGAGUGCUCUGUUCUAUCUAACGCUUGCAGCGACGCUAAGCCAUUCUGCGUAAACACGCAGGGCAGUUACGCCUGUCUGGAAAUAACUGGAGUGAAGUCCUGCCCCGCUGGAUUCAAGUACGACAAGUCGUUGCAACAGUGCAAAGACGUGGACGAGUGUGCGGAAGUUAUUCACAGCUGUUUGGCGGAUGAAGAAUGUCGCAACACCGAGGGUGCUUACGAGUGCGACAUGAAGUGCGAGAAAGGAUUCACGUACAGUAUUAACUUGGGUACCUGUGUCGAUAUAGACGAGUGUCUCGAGUCGAACAAUCUUUGUCCCGAUCCCGGUGCGUUAUGCGUCAACACCGUGGGUGCUUACAAGUGCGUGAGAUCUUCGAGCGAUUCUUUUCCGCGACUACCGAUCGAGAAGGAUCUCUCCGAUCGUAGAAAGAACGUAUCACUGAGCCCGUUGAUCUGUUCCGCCGGAUAUAAGCCUGCAAACGAUUCGGAAAUAACGUGCAUAGACGUCGACGAGUGCAGCGAACAGCUUCACUCCUGUGAGUUUGACGAACGUUGCGUCAACGAGAUUGGCAGUUACAGAUGCGUGCCGGUUAAACGCGACGAAGGCUUAUCCACCACGAAGAAGAGUGACAACAGAGUUUACAAACUGGGAGAAACGAACAUCUUACCAGUCACUAAUCGUAAUAAUGAAAUCGUGGAUUGCGGCAGUGGUUAUUUUCUGGAUGGCAAAUCGCGUCGUUGUAUCGACAUUGAUGAGUGUGCCAACGGGCUAGCGGUCUGUGGAAUUGGUGAACGUUGCGUGAACACGGAGGGUAGUUACCGUUGCUCUCCUACCUGCUUGCCCGGAUUCCGACUGCACAACAGUCCGAAUUUUGUUAAUGAAACCGAGGAUCCUUGCGAGGACAUAAACGAAUGCUCGCUCGGACUGCACAAUUGCAAUCGCUUGACUCACCGUUGCCUCAACACAAACGGUUCUUAUCUCUGUGAACCAUUAGCCAUCACAACCACCACUACCGCCGCAACGACAACGAUGACGACAACCAGUAGCACAACCAGAAGACCUUUUAACGAUUUACGCUACAAAAUGCAAACAUCUAGAAUCCACAAUUUAUCAAAUAACAGAGCAGAUCGUUAUUGGUCUACGGAACCGUGCAGGCUGGGAUACAAAAGAGACGCAAGCACAGGAUACUGCGUGGAUAUAGACGAGUGCUUGGUCGGGCCAAGCUGUCGCGAUUAUGAGAAAUGCACCAACACUCCGGGUAGCUACGACUGUUCGCCGCUCUGCAGCACCGGCUGGUUCUUCCAUACAGCCACGAAGAGCUGUCAGGAUGUGGAUGAGUGCCUGUUAGGCAGACACGAUUGUUCUCAGGGUACUCACAGAUGUGUCAACACCAACGGAUCCUUCAUAUGCGAGUUAAUACCGCCCUGCAAGCGUGGCUUUCGACGAACUUUCAAUGGCACCUGCUUGGACAUCGACGAGUGUUCCGAAAGUCUGCACAACUGCCGGCUCGAUUUGCAUCAGUACUGCGUGAACAAGGAGGGCAGCUUCGAAUGUUUGAUCAGGCUGCCCUCUUGUCCAUCUGGAUAUCAAUAUUCUUUAGGCACUCGACAGUGCGAAGACAUCGAUGAAUGCUUGACUGGACAGUACACCUGUGACGCGAGACUUCUGGAAAGAUGCAUCAACUUGCCGGGCACAUAUAGGUGCGAGAGACCUCCACCUGUCAUACAACGUCCACGUCAACGACCCGCCUGUCCUUCCGGCUACCGAUACUACACUCAUUUGCGCGCAUGCACAGAUAUAGACGAGUGCGCAGAAGGGCUGGACACAUGCGGCGAUGAGAUUUGCUACAAUCAACCGGGUGGUUACAGCUGCGCAACGCCGCCCGCUCCGAUCACCAGGAAGCCGUCGACGACGGCGUUGCCGGUGCCCGGCAGGAAUCAGAGAUGCAUGGACGGCACUAGGUAUGUGAGGAAUCGCGGCUGCGUCGACAUCAACGAGUGCAGGGAGCUUGAGGACGCGUGUAGCAGCAACGAGGAGUGCGUCAACACCAUGGGAAGCUACACGUGCACCUGCAAGACCGGUUUCAGGCGUGAUAAUUUAACGCAGGCCUGUGUCGAUAUCAACGAAUGUCAGUUGCAGCAAAACGACUGUCUGCCGACGCAGCGAUGCGACAACACGAUCGGCAGUUAUUCAUGCACACGCUUCUUAUCGUGUGGCACCGGAUAUACGUUGAACGCCGCGACGGAGAUCUGCGAGGACGACGAUGAAUGCCUUCUAGCUACUCACGACUGUAGAGGAGGAUAUCAAUGCAGGAAUACACUUGGUUCCUAUCGUUGUGAUCGCAUUCCGCGCAUACCGAGCCCUCAGCCACGCACAUUGGCGAUCUCGAGAGCCACGAUGAUGAUGACGACUACGACGACGACGACGACAACUUCGACGACUACACCCUCGUCGUUGACGCCGAUUGAUUCUCGGCCGAGUUGCCCGCGCGGCUUCGAGUCCGGCUCUGGCGGCAAGUGCAUGGACAUCGACGAGUGCCGGAAAACACCGAAUCCUUGUGGCCGGCAGAAUUGCAUCAACACUUUGGGAUCCUUCAGGUGCAUGUCCAAAGUGAUCUGCCCGCCCGGUUACGCUUUAGACCAGGUAUCCGGUCAACAUUGUCUCGACAUAGACGAAUGUCGCGAAGAAAUCCAUGAGUGCAGCAAAGGCCAGGUCUGUGAGAACAGAUUGGGCGGUUAUCACUGUCUCUGUCCGCCGGGAUACGUCGACGGGCCUAAUAAGGAUUGCGUCGACAUCGACGAAUGCAGCGUCUACGGUACUCGCAUCUGCGGCCUGAACAGUCGCUGCGAGAACACCGCCGGCUCCUACAAAUGUCUGUGCGAGGAAGGCUUCGAGAACAACAGAGGUGCUGGCCUUUGUCAAGACAUCGACGAGUGCGAGCGAAUACCGGGACUCUGUCAGCACAUAUGCCUGAACGUCUGGGGCAGUUACAGAUGUGGAUGCAACUCCGGAUACAGAUUGAACGCCGACAAUCGGUCCUGCAGCGAUAUAGACGAGUGCAUGGAAUUCAAGGAUAAUAAUCUCUGCAUUGGCAUCUGCGAGAACACGCCGGGAAGCUACGCAUGCAAAUGUCCUGAUGGAUACCGGCUCGGUAGCGAUCAGCGAACGUGUCAAGACAUCGACGAGUGUGCGACCGGCCAGGUCUGCAGGGAUCCGGACGAAACGUGCCACAACACGCGCGGCAGUUACCGAUGCAACAAGAUAAACUGCCCCGCGGGAUAUCAUCGAGACGGCUCGAAAAAAAACCGUUGCGUGCGUUCUUUGCGGUCCUGUCCAUGGGGUGACCUGGCCUGCAUUCGUUCGCCCUUGCAUUACUCCUACAACUUCAUCACCUUCGUGAGCAUGCUGCCGAUCCCUAACACCGGUCAGCUGGAGUUAUUCACUAUGAGGGGAAACCAUCACCCGGAUUCAACGGUACAGUUCACCAUGGCGAUGAUAGACGUACGCGCGGUGCCUGGUGUCGCCCGCGCCACGGAGUCCUGCUUCAAUCUGAGGAAACCUUCACCCUCUCAGGCGGUGUUGGUGCUGACGCGCAGCAUCCCGGGGCCGCAGGAGAUCGAAUUGGAUCUCAGCAUGGAGAUCUAUCACGACAGCAAGUUCGUCGGCAGCGCCGUCGCCAAGAUCAUAAUUUUUGUCUCUCAAUAUGAGUUCUAAGGGGACCUUCUCUGAAAGCACGAGAAUACAGAACGAGACGAUAAGAAUGGAAAUCGCGAAGUAAAGCGAUAUAGUCUAGUGAUACAAUCGAUCUUCUCUCUUCCUUUUAUCUCUCAUACGAUUAAUACGUUGGCUGCCACGUUGAUUGCACAAAAGUUCAUGAAGAUUGAAUUGCCAAAGACACAGUAAACAAAUGUAUUUCGAGAUAAAUGUAUCUUUUAGCUGAUUUUAAUGGCUUUCUAGAGACACUUUUUUGAAAGAUGUCUCAUAGACGUCUGAAAGAGGCAGGAUGUCUCUUAGAAAUUUGUAUCGUCUGGAAUCCUAUUGGUUAUACAAAUGAUUUUUCAAAUGCAAUUAAUUAUGAUAUAUAUGUUAUUAUAUCAUAAUUUAAUAAGAGUAUAAUGGUAGUAUCAUAGAAUGGAAAUUGAUCACUGGUAAUCAUCGCGGCAUUUAACGUGUUAUUUUAGCUUUAGCGGUAAAUUACGAUCGAGAAGAUUAUAAAAGCAGGAAAAGUUUCGUAUAUAUGUCUUAUGUUAUAUAUAUAUACAUUGCCGAAUAAUAUUGUUUAAUUUGGAGCGAUGAUUUCUCUCUUGAAGGAUAAAAAUAUCUUUAAACUUUAAAUGUGCUACUUGUGAUGGUAAAAGCAACGUGAAGUUUACUCGAAGAAUAUGAUUUUUUCCCCAAAGAAUAUAUGCGAUGCGCGAUCUUUCAAGCGAUAUACAUUAGAGUUAAUAGCAUAGGCUCUUUUUUAUCCUCCGCUCGUCUUUAAGGAAAGCCAAAUAUUGAAAUAAAUAUCGUUAGCUAUUUUUCAGAAAUAAUUCUGUAAAAACCGAAUUCAAUGUACAUAGAUUCUUGUAAGUUAAAUCAUAUACAAAGGACAGAGCGUGAAAUAAAAACUUACGUCGGAUAUAACGCAUGGAACAUGCAAGAAUACCCAAACAUACACUUUAUACUUUGUCAAAAAUGUAGUUUUUAUUAAAUGUUUCGCUAACGA